CUCAAAACAAAACCAAAAAAAUCCACCAGCCACUCUUUCAACUGAAGUAAUGAAACCCAAAGAAGUCAGAUAGAGAAAUGGAGAAAAUGAGAAGAAAGACCAUCUAAAAUCCCGCCAUUGGUGAAGUAAUGAAGAACGUUUACUGGCUUAUCCUGAAACUUGUCAAUUUUGUGACUCUUGUCUGCGUAUGGAUUUCCGUGGUACAGUGUACAGUUUUAAACAGCUGCCUAAAGUCAUGUGUAACUAACCUGGGCAGACAGCUUGAUGUUGGCACACCAUACAAUCUGAGUGAACCGUGCAUCCAAGGAUGUCAUUUUUGGAACUCAGCAAAUCAGGAAAACUGUGCUUUAAAGUGUAAUGAUACGUAUACUGCUGUUUGUGAGCGAGAAUCCUGUGAAGUCGGCUGCAGCAGUGGGGAAGGUGCAUAUGAAGAGGAAGUGCUAGAAAACGCAGACGUCCCCACUGCACCCUUCGCUUCUUCCAUCGGAAGCCAUAGCGUGACGUUACGAUGGAAAUCUGCCAACAUCUCUGGAGUAAAAUACAUAGUUCAGUGGAAAUAUGCACAACUUCCUGGAAGCUGGACUUACACUGAGGCCGUGUCCAAGCUCUCCUAUGUGGUGGAGCCCCUGCAUCCCUUCACUGAAUAUGUUUUUCGAGUGGUUUGGAUCUUCACAGCCCAGCUGCAACUGUAUUCUCCCCCAAGUUCCAGUUAUAGGACUCAUCCUUAUGGAGUUCCUGAAACUGCUCCUUUCAUUAGGAAUAUUGAAAGCGCCAGUCCUGACACAGUGGAAGUCAGCUGGGCUCCACCUCAAUUCCCAGGUGGACCUAUUUUGGGUUAUAACUUAAGGCUGAUCAGCAAAAAUCAAAAACUAGAUUCAGGGACACAGAGAACCAGUUUCCAGUUUUACUCCACUCUAGCAAAUACCACUUACAGGUUUUCUGUUGCAGCAGUAAAUGAAGUUGGUGAGGGGCCAGAAGCAGAAUCUAGUAUUACCACUUCAUCCCCAGCAGUUCAAGAAGAGGAACAGUGGCUCUUUUUAUCCAGGAAAACUUCUCUGAGAAAGAGAUCUUUAAAACAUUUAGUAGAUGAAGCACAUUGCCUUCAGGCAGAUGCUGUACGCCGUAAUAUUACAGGAAUAUCAGUGAAUGUCCACCAGCAAGUUGUUUAUUUCUCUGAAGGAACUGUCAUAUGGAUGAAGGAAGCUGCUGACAUGUCUGAUGUGUCUGACCUGAAAAUAUUUUAUAGAGGUUCAGGAUUAAUUUCUUCCAUCUCCAUAGACUGGCUUUAUCAGAGAAUGUAUUUCAUCAUGGAUGAACUGGUAUGCGUCUGUGAUUUAGACAACUGCUCAAACACUGAGGAAAUUACUCCUCCCUCAAUUAUUGCACCUCAAAAAAUUGUGGCUGAUUCGUACAAUGGGUAUAUCUUUUAUCUCCUGAGAGACGGCAUUUACAGAGUUGAUCUCCCCGGGCCAUCUGGUUGGGACUUGGAAGCUGUGCGUGUUGUGCAGAGCAGCAUGUUAAAGGACUUUGCAGUCAAGCCCCAGUCCAAGCGUAUCAUUUACUUCAACGACACCCUCCAAGUCUUUAUGUCAACCUUUCUGGAUGGCUCUGCAUCCCACCUUGUCCUACCUCAAGUCCCCUUUAUGGACGUGAAGAGCUUUGCUUGUGAAAACAACGACUUCCUGGUCACAGAUGGCAAGGCUGUUUUCCAACAGGAUUCUCUAUCUUUUAAUGAGUUCAUCGUGGGAUGUGACCUGAGUCACAUAGAAGAGUUUGGGUUUGACAACUUGGUCAUCUUUGGCUCAUAUACCCAGCCGCACCCGCUGCCCAGCCGCCCACAGCAGCUCUCCGUGCUCUUCGGCUCCCACCAGGCCCUGGUACAGUGGAAGGCCCCCGCCCUCGCCAUUGGAGCCAGCCCUUCUGCCUGGCAAAACUGGACCUAUGAAGUGAAAGUAUCAACCCAAGACUUUCCUGAAACCACUUAUGUUUUCUCCAACAUAAGUGGGACCAUCCUUAAUGUCCAUGACCUUCAGAGUGCUACAAAAUACAAGGUUUCUGUGAGAGCAAGUUCUCCCAAGGGACCAGGCCCUUGGUCAGAGCCCUCAGUAGGAACUACCCUGGUACCAGCUACAGAGCCACCAUUUAUCAUGGCUGUGAAAGAAGAUGGGCUUUGGAGUAAACCGUUAAACAGCUUUGGUCCAGGAGAAUUCUUAUCCUCUGAUAUAGGAAACGUGUCAGACAUGGAUUGGUAUAACAACAGCCUCUACUACAGCGACACAAAAGGUGAUGUUUACAUGUGGCUGCUGAACGGGAUGGACAUCUCAGAGAAUUAUCACAUACCCAACAUUGCAGGAGCAGGGGCUUUAGCUUUCGAGUGGCUGGGUCACUUUCUCUACUGGGCUGGAAAGACAUAUGUGAUACAAAGGCAGUCUGUAUUGACAGGACACACAGACAUUGUGACUCACGUGAAGCUGUUGGUGAAUGACAUGGUGGUCGACUCAGUUGGUGGAUAUCUCUAUUGGACCACACUCUAUUCGGUUGAAAGUACCAGGCUAAAUGGGGAAAGUUCCCUUAUACUACAGGCACAGCCUUGGUUUUCUGGGAAAAAGGUAACUGCUCUAACUUUAGACCUUAGUGAUGGCCUUCUGUAUUGGCUGGUUCAAGACAGUCAGUGUAUCCACCUGUACACAGCUGUUCUUCGGGGUCAGAGCAGUGCUGGGGACACCACCAUCACAGAAUUUGCAGCCUGGAGCACUUCCGACAUUUCCCAGAAUGCACUGAUGUACUACAGUGGUCGGCUCUUCUGGAUCAAUGGCUUUAGGAUUAUCACAGCUCAGGAAAUAGGUCAGAGAACUAGCGUCUCUGUCUUGGAACCAGCCAGAUUUAAUCAGUUCACAAUUAUUCAGACAUCCCUCAAGCCUCUGCCAGGGAACUUUUCGUUUACUCCUAAAGUUAUCCCAGAUGCCAUUCCAGAGUCUUCAUUUAUGAUUGAAGGAAAUGCUUCGAGUUUUCAAAUCCUCUGGAGUGCUCCCCCAGCAGUGGACUGGGGUGUAAUUUUCUAUAGUGUAGAAUUUAGUGCUCAUUCUAAGUUCCUGACUAGUGAACAACAGCCUUUUCCUGUAUUUACUGUGGAAGGGCUGGAGCCCUACGUCUUAUUUAAUCUUUCUGUCACUCCUUAUACAUACUGGGGAAAGGGCCCCAAAACAUCUCUAUCACUCCGAGCACCUGAAACAGUUCCAUCAGCACCGGAGGAUCCCAGAAUCUUUGUAUUACCGAGUGAAAAAUACCACAACAAGAAUGAAGUUGUGGUGGAAUUCAGGUGGAGUAAGCCUAAGCAUGAAAAUGGUGUGUUAACAAGAUCUGAAAUUUUCUAUCAAAUAUCCAACCAAAGGGGCACAAACUCCACAUUAGAAGACUGGAUUGCUGUCAAUGUCACUCCCUCAGUGAUGUCUUUUCAACUUGAGGGCAUGAGUCCUGGGUACAUUGUUGCCUUCCAGGUUCGAGUCUUCACAUCCAAAGGACCUGGACCACUUUCUGACCUAGUAAAGUCCAGAACAUCAGAAAUCAACCCAUUUCCAUUCCUCAUAACUCUCUUUGAUAACAAGAUAGUCUUGUUAGAUAUGGAUCAAAAUCGAGUUGCAUGGACAUUUUCAGCUGAAGGAGACAUCAGGGCCGUGGGCUACACUGCUGAUGAUGCAACGGGGUACUGUGCUCAAUCAGACGCCCUCCUCCUUCUGAACAUGCGCAAUGGGUCCAGCUCUGAGAUUUUCAGAGACACACUGGUUUUUGAUAUCACAGUUAUUACAAUUGACUGGAUUUCAAGGCACCUCUACUUUGUGCUGAAAGAAUCACAAAACAGAAUGCAAAUAUUUGAUAUAGAUCUUGAAAACAAGGUGAAAUAUCCCAGGAAGCUGAAAAUAUGUGACAGAAAUUCAACAAUAAUCUCUUUUUUUGUAUAUCCUUUUUUAAGUCGUCUAUAUUGGACAGAGGUUUCUGAUUUUGGAUCUCAGAUGUUCUACUACAGUAUUAUCAACCAGACUUUGCAUCGAGUUCUACAACCCACAGCCAUAACCCGUGCGCGUGGAAGGAGCCAAUGUUCUUGCAAUGUGACUGAAUUUGAAUUAGGUGGAGCAAUGACUAUUGAUACCUCUGACCUAAAGAAACCACGAAUAUAUUUUGUCAAAGGGCAAGAGAUCUGGGCCAUGGAUCUGGAAGGAUGUCAGUGUUGGCAAGUGAUCAUCAUGCCUGCUCUGCUUGCAGGACAAAAUCUUGUUAGCUUAGCUGUGGAUGGGGCAUUCCUCUAUUGGAUUUCCACAGCAAAGGACAGCACACAGAUUUAUCAAGCACAGAAAAGCAAUGGGGCCAUCCUCUCUCAUGUGGAGGCCUUAAGGAGUAAGCAUAUCUUGGUUUACAGUUCAGUUCUACAGCCUUUUCCGGAUAGAGCAUAUCUGUCUCUAGCUUCAGAUAUUUCAGAGCCAACUAUACUCAACACCACUAACACCAGCCUCACAAUCAGACUUCCACCUGCCAGGACAAAUCUCACGUGGGAUGGCAUCACCAGCCCCACUCCUACAUACCUGGUUUAUUACAAAGAAGUCGGUGGCAAGAAAAACAGCUCUAGACUGAAAGAUAGAAUGCUGGAAUUUCAGGAGAGUAUAGCCCUUAUUGAAGGUUUACAACCAUUUUCAACAUAUAUGAUACAGAUAGCUGUAAAGAAUUAUUAUUCAGAUCCUUUGGAACAAUUACCUCUGGGAAAAGAGAUCUGGGGAAAAACUAAAAGUGGAGUACCAGAGGCAGUUGAGCUCAUUAACACAACUGUGCAGUCAGACACCAGCCUUGUUAUAUCCUGGAGAGAAUCUCACAAGCCAAACGGACCUAAAGAGUUGGUCCGCUAUCAGGUGGCAAUCUCGCACCUGGCUUCAGUUCCCGAGACUCCACUCAGGCCAAGUGAAUAUCCAAAUGGAAGGCUCUCUCUCCUUGUUACUAGACUGUCUGGUGGAAAACUUUAUGUGUUAAAGAUUCUGGCCUGCCAUGCUGAGGAAAUGUGGUGUGCAGAGAGUCAGCCUGUCACUGUUGAAACGUUUGACACACCAAAGAAACCUUAUGCCUUGGCUCCAGAGAACACGAGUUUGCAACUAGGUUGGAAGGCUCCAUCUAAUGUUAACCUCAUCAGCUUCUGGUUUGAACUCCAAAAGUGGAAGCACAAUGAGUUUUACCAUGUUAAAGCUUUGUGUAGCCAAGGUCCUGCUUAUAUCUGCAACAUCACAGCUCUGCAGCCUUAUACCUCCUAUAAUGUCCGAGUAGUGGUGGUGUACAGCACAGGAGAAAACAGCACCUCACUCCCAGAGAGCUUUAAGACUAAGCCUGGUGUCCCAAGUAAACCAGGCAUUCCAAAAUUACUAGAAGGGAGUAAAAAUUCAAUACAUUGGGAGAAGGCUGAUGAUAAUGGAAGCAGACUUAUGUACUAUGUCCUUGAUAUCAGAAAGGGCACUUCAAAUGUCUCACAGAACCAGAAUUUAAUGUGGAGGAUGGCAUUUAAUGGCUCGUGCAGUAGCCUUUGCCUAUGGAAGUCCAAAAACCUGAAAGGAACAUUUCAGUUCAGAGUAGUAGCUGUAAAUAAUCUGGGGUUUGGUGAAUAUAGUGGAAUCAGUGACGAUAUUAUAUUGGUUGGAGAUGGUUUUUGGAGGCCAGAAACAAGCUUUAUUCUUACUAUUGUAAUUGGAAUAUUUCUGGUUGUUACAAUCCCACUGACUUUUGUCUGGCUUAGAAGAUUAAAGAAUCAAAAAAUUCCCAAGGAAGGGCUGACAGUUCUCAUAAACGAAGACAAAGAGCUGGCUGAACUUCGGGGUCUGGCAGCUGGCGUGGGACUGGCCAAUGCCUGCUAUGCGAUACAUACUCUUCCAACCCAAGAGGAGAUUGAAAGUCUUUCUGCCUUCCCUCGGGAAAAACUGACUCUGCGUCUCUUGUUGGGAAGCGGGGCCUUUGGAGAGGUGUAUGAAGGGACAGCUGUAGACAUCUUAGGAGCUGGAAGUGGAGAAACCAAAGUAGCAGUGAAGACAUUGAAGAAGGGCUCUACAGACCAGGAGAAGAUUGAAUUUCUGAAGGAGGCACAUCUAAUGAGCAAGUUUAAUCAUCCCAACAUUCUGAAGCAGCUUGGAGUUUGCCUGCUGAACGAACCCCAGUACAUUAUCCUGGAAUUAAUGGAAGGAGGAGACCUUCUUACUUAUUUGCGAAAAGCCCGGAGGACAACGUUUCAUGGUCCUUUACUCACCUUGGUUGACCUUGUAGACCUGUGUGUAGAUAUUUCAAAAGGCUGUGUCUACUUGGAGCAGAUGCACUUCAUCCACAGGGAUCUGGCAGCUCGGAAUUGCCUUGUCUCCGUGAAAGACUAUACCAGUCCAUCACGGAUAGUGAAGAUUGGGGACUUUGGACUUGCAAGGGACAUCUAUAAAAAUGACUACUAUAGAAAGAGAGGAGAAGGUCUGCUUCCCGUUCGGUGGAUGGCUCCAGAAAGUUUGAUGGAUGGAAUCUUCACUACUCAGUCUGAUGUAUGGUCUUUUGGAAUUCUGAUUUGGGAAAUUUUAACUCUUGGUCAUCAACCUUAUCCAGCUCAUUCCAACCUUGAUGUUUUAAAUUAUGUGCAAACAGGAGGGAGACUGGAGCCACCGAGAAAUUGUCCUGAUGAUCUGUGGAAUUUAAUGACCCAGUGCUGGGCUCAAGAACCUGACCAAAGACCUACUUUCCAUAAAAUUCAAGACCAGCUCCAAUUAUUCAGAAAUUUUUCUUUAAAUAGUAUUUCUCAAUGCAGAGCAGAAACAAGUCCCAGUGGAGUCAUAAAUGAAGGUUUUGAAGCUGAAGAUGGUCAUAUGAUUUGUUUGAAUUCAGAUGAUGUUAGAUCAGCUGCUUUAAUGGAAACCAAGAAUGAGGAAGGGUUAAACUAUAUGAUGCUUGCUACAGGAUGCAGCCAAGGUGAAGCAAAUUCUGAGGGUCCUCUAGGCUUCAAGGAAUCUGAGUCUUGUGGUCUGAGGAAAGAAGAGAAGGAACCACAUGCAGACAAAGAUAUCUGCCAAGAAAAACAAGUGGCUUACUGCCCUCCUGGCAAGCCUCAAGGCCUGAACUAUGCCUGUCUCACUCACAGUGGAUAUGGAGAUGGGUCUGAUUAAUAGCUCUGUUUGGGCAAUGCAGAGUUGAGAUAAACACUCCUCCCAUUAAGUAGUCACUGAAAGAAAACCUAGUAGAAUGAUAGAUAUUGUGGUGUGGUGGUCUAUGACUCUGAAUUAACACUGGAAAGUUCCCGAAUUCUAAUCUUGGUUCCAAGAGCCAUUUGGUUUUGGUUGUGACAAUCCCCAUACCAACUGUCUAACCUUCAGCAGAAUUCUUGAGGUGACCCUCUGAACAUGUGGAAAGCUUAGAAAGACUUAGGAGCCUCAAAGGGAAACUGCUUUCUCACUCCAAGCAUACACCAGGCCAGUCUGGGCUGCAACAGCAACACCUUAGAUUGUUAGAGACAAAGUAGCUAUGUUUGGAGACGUGAAGGAGGAGCAUGAGAAGCGUACUCAGGGGCCAGCUGAAGUACAGAUUACCCCCCAAAGGGACAGAGGAAAUGACUAAAUAACUCUACACACGCAGAAGGAAGAGCACCUACAACAUUAGGAAAGCUAUGGCUAAAAUGCUGUCUUUAAUGACUAAUGUAAAAUAUCCCAUAUUUUGGAGGCUUGGAACAGCAGCUUCAAUCACAUAGAAAUAAGACCAUAAAGAUCUCUACAUCCUAAAGUUUAGCAUUCCAUGAUCUUUGGGUCACAUAAACAUCGCCCUCUGAUUUGUACGCUAUUACAGAAAUUAGCUAAAAUGGAGAUAGUUUU